CGACGGCGGCGGCGGCGGCCUUUGGGGGAGCCGAGCAGGGCCGGUCCUGGCCCCGGGGCGGCGGGGGAAGGGGCCCCGCCGGUCCUUCGCGGCCCCGCCAUGAGGCCGCAGCAGGCGCCCGUGUCCGGGAAGGUCUUCGUCCAGCGCGACUACAGCAGCGGCACCCGCUGCCAGUUCCAGACCAAGUUUCCCCCGGAGUUGGAGAACCGGAUUGACCGACAGCAGUUUGAAGAAACCGUUCGCACUCUGAAUAACCUAUACGCUGAAGCGGAGAAGCUUGGGGGGCAGUCCUAUCUUGAGGGUUGCCUGGCUUGUUUGACAGCAUAUACCAUCUUCUUGUGCAUGGAAACACAUUAUGAGAAGGUUCUGAAGAAGAUCACAAAAUUCAUUCAGGAACAGAAUGAGAAGAUCUACGCUCCCCAGGGCCUCCUCCUGACAGACCCCAUCGAACGAGGACUGAGAGUUAUUGAAAUUACCAUUUUCGAAGACAGAGGAAUAAACAGUGGAAGAUAAAACUAUGGAAUCUGAGCCCUCCUCAACCCAGGACUCUCCUCUGACCAAUGGGCAACUGCAGAGCGUCCCCUACCUCCUCUCCAGAGCGUCAUUCCUUCGGAUCCGCAACCAGCGCCACGGUGCCAUCCACCCCCAGAACUGACUUUCUGAUGUUCCACUCCCCCUGGAGUGACCUGCUAAAUUCCUCAGCAUCCACAUUGUGUCUUUCUACCGUAUAGAACUGUAACCUUUGUAGUAAUUUCUGAGAAAAGACAAUGAAGCAGUUUCCUUUUCUUUUUUUUUUAAUUCAGAAGUUUGAUUGAAAAAAAAACAAACUGCGUAAAUCAGUCCAAUGCAAAGUCCAGUUCAUACCCACCGAGGUUAUUACCGCUCCUGUCAUUCAUUCUCUGGGCCUUCAACUUCACCUGGUGGCUUAGGAUCAAAGCAGAUGUCGUUCAAGCCGGGUGGUCUUUUUCCCCCAAAGAAAAGAAAAUGCCUUUUCUCCAGGGCGUGGCGUCUUGCGAGAGGUCGGCCCUGACCGUGGUCCAUCCAGGCCUCAAGGAGCUCCCUGGAUUGCCGGGGCUCAGAGUGCGUAGAAGAUCUGCCUCUAGAAUUUCGCACCCUGAAGGUCCCUGGAAAUAAAAUGGCAUAAUGCUGUCGGUCCUUAGGUAGCAGUUCUAAGUGAAUCAGUAUUUAAUGUGAUUUCCGAUUCCCUUGCUCCUCCGUGGAAGAACGUUCCGUCAUUGUUGCCUUUCCGUGAAUGUCGGAGGAUGUCGUGUUACUCGUUGCGUUAAAAUCCGUAAGCACAAUAAAGUGGAUGCUGAACUGUCACAUUAUUUAGAUGUCCCCGCUCCGUCUCUGAAUGUGUAAUAAGCCUGAUGAACUCUCUCUCUGUUUUAUUAUAAAUAUAAUUUAUAGGAACUUAACUUACAGGUUUAAUACUGUAUAGCCUCAUUUUUAACUCUUUCCACUGGCAGAAUUUAUCAAAAGACCUUUAUUGUAGGCAGUAUUCAGGACGCACAGCUAUCCGACCAUCGGUUCAGGGUAAACGACUAUGGCUUUGAAUACAAGCCCUCAAAUUCAAAUCAGCUCAGUACUUGUUUCCGUUGUGUUUUCCCACACUCGCAUGUUCUCGGUGACAGUCCUGCAUGUGACUUUAAGUUCCCUGUCACUACGAUUAGUGACGACGUCCUUUUGGAAAACAAGCGAUUCUACUCGGAGGAUGGAAAAAUUCAAGUUCUACUUUCAGUGAUGUAGGUGCUAAUACUGGAUCUAAUCUUCCAGAUUCAUUUCUUUUACAGAUCUGUUCGUCUUUUUCAUCGUUAAAUCCCUGAGGCCUGUUUAAUAUUUUAAUUGUACAAAACCCUUUCGUUUUUCUAUAGCCUGUAACACAGUGUGUCUGCCUGCCUUUCACACCCACUGCAAUAAUUUGCUGAAAUAGUCAUGGAUUAGUAAAACUUUUCUUAAAUAAA